UUGUUUCUGGCAAAUCCAGGUCAGAAGGUUCUCCGAGGCGUACUUCUUCACAGAACACCCCAAAGAGAUAUCUCUGACUUUUCAAGAGGAACUGAUCAAUAGACAUGGCCAGAUAGCUGCAGACGUGCGGAGCUCAGACUAUCUGACCAAGAUGCCUCCUCUACCUGUCGAGUGCCUGGACAUCGAUGGAGACUGGAACAGCCUGCCGAUCAUCUUCGAGGACCGAUACGUGGAAUCUCCUCAAACAGAGUGGGAAUCACAUGUGCCAACCGCUGAUGGGAAGACCAACCCAGGUCUCAAUGGGAUUUUUGAAAGCAGGCAGGAAGACAGAACAGCAGCAAAACUCAAGGAUCAAAUGGACAUUGAUGACUGCAUGGACCUGCCCACAUAUAUGUCACUCAUGGCAGAGCAGAGUAAGACCAGCAGUAACAUCAGAAGUACCCAGAACAUCAUCCUAACUAAAGACAAUGCUGAACCCUCUCUACUAGAGGCAGAACUCUUAAAGCAACCAGAGGAAACACAAGACCAGGAUGUGGACAGCUGUAAUCCAGAUCUGAGGUUCAUUGAAGUUAAGCCUUGUGAUGUCCUCUCCUCAAACCACCACUCCCUCAUUGACACCAAUACCAUCAGUGAUGAGUCUCCUGAACAUCAGUUAGAAAAUACCAUCCAACUCUGUGAUGCAACCAGCGACAGCAACGCGAGAGAGAGUGAAAACACUGAAGAGGAGUCUGAUAUUGCCAUGCCAUUAAACCACUCUAUGGACGAUGAGAGUGAAGAUGUUCCUCCUGGCAGCGUACAGACUUCCUACGCACAUCCGGUUAUAUCAACCUUUCCGGGCGAUCUCAGAAAAGAGUUGAUUCACCGCGGUGGCCUGGUGGGCUCCAAGACCAUGAAGCGCUCGUCCUCCGUUAUUUCUGACUCAGGCAUCGAGAGCGAGCCCAGCUCAGUGGCCUGGCCCCUCGAGGCUGUGCUGAGAGGCAGACCUCCCCUCGACUUCUCCAGCGAAAGAGAGAUCCCACGGCAAAUAGUGUGCCGCCACCGGGUUCACAGAAGCUCCCUGGAAGGCCUCCAAAUGGAGAGCAACGGCAGCGGAGGUAUACAAGCCUCCCUCACCUCUAUUAGCUCCUUGCCCUAUGAGGACGAUCAGAGGCAGCUCAGCAAACUGACCAAAUCUGUGUCGGCACCGCAGAUCAGCAGCCCUGAAGACACUGAGGAGGACCGUGUCCUCAACCAGGAAAUAGAUAGCUUAGUGCAACAUUCACUGAAUAUCAACUGCUCUUCUUUGAGCAGCAACCUGGAUUCAGUUCAAACAGAAUCGUCUGUAUUAGAUCCGAGUUCAGCGACACAUCUUAUCCUGGAGGAGAGUCUUAGCUCUGAAAGCUCUGCUCAGCGCCUGCCAGAGACGAGCUUAACCCAGUCCGUGUUAAGUGGUGUGUCUGAAGGACUGAUUUUACAAGAGAGCCCUCAUGUGAAGGAAAGUGCUGUUAUUGGCAGCCAGGGGGAGAAUAAGAACCAUCAAACACACAUCAGUGGAGAGAGCGCCUCAGUGGAGGAUGUGCAUUUCGCUGAAACAGAAACAGCGCCCUGCAGCUAUGGAAACAGACCAUGUGUGCAUAAAAGUUCAGCAGCUCAGGAGAGAAUUAACUCUGACGACGAGUGGCAACGUUUCCAUGAGAGCGAAGUUAUUCAUGUUGAAGACCAGGAGUGUCUGGAUCUUUUAAGGCUUCAACAAACCAGACAUCUCCCCAGAAACAUUGCUCAGAGGCCCAGUAACCUUUCAGGGUUGAUAGCCAAUGAUAUCGCGUCACCUGUCGACCUCAAUGGGAUAUCAACCAGUGAAAAAGAGCCUUUAGAGGGCCAGACGAAGCCCGCUAAGAUACCCAACUCUGGGCUGGCCUUCGUGAAUAAGAAGAUGGUGGAGGUGGUGAACAUGUCGGUGUCCUGCGCCCCCACCUGUCUGCCAUUUUCUUCUGCUCUGAGAGACUCUCCUUCCAUCAAUGGGAUGUCCGCUCGACAGGCUACCUCGCCGAUCACUAAUCAGCCGCUGGGCUCCUUUGGUAUCAUCUCCUCGUAUUCGCUCAAUCCCCUGAACAUGGACGACGAGUCCAAUGAACGGAUGCUGAAGUGA